AUGAUAGAGCCCAAUAGGCUCAGGACACCGGAGGGCAGGCGAUUUAGCGUUCAAAAGGAACACAGUAAAAAAGCCCCAGAAAAAGCCCCAGAAAAAGCCCCAGAAAAAGCCCCAGAAAAAGCCCCAGAAAAAGCCACAGAAAAAGCCACAGAAAAAGCCACAGAAAAAGCCCCAGAAAAAGCCACAGAAAAAGCCCCAGAAAAAGCCCCAGAAAAAGCCCCAGAAAAGACCACAGAAAAAGCCCCAGAAAAAGCCUCAGAAAAAGCCCCAGAAAAAGCCACAGAAAAAGCCCCAGAAAAAGCCCCAGAAAAGACCACAGAAAAAGCCCCAGAAAAAGCCCCAGAAAAAGCCCCAGAAAAAGCCCCAGAAAAAGCCACAGAAAAAGCCACAGAAAAAGCCCCAGAAAAAGCCCCAGAAAAAGCCCCAGAAAAAGCCACAGAAAAAGCCACAGAAAAAGCCACAGAAAAAGCCCCAGAAAAGCCCCAGAAAGUAAACAAAACGAGGGUGAAAUAG